CACAUAUAUAUGGUCCCCGGGACCGGGAAGUCUUAACUCUCAGCAGAGCGGAGGUUCUGAUUGCCCGCAGCCCUCCCGCCAUUGUCGUCCUCCCAGUACCGGUGAUCGCGGGGGGUGGAUGGCAGUCCCAGGCAGACGCCACAAAGAGGACUAGGCGCAGGCAGCAGCCCCUUUGUUGUGCGGGGACGAGCGGCAGAGUUGUGUGGAGACGUCAUUUCUGGGAGGAAAACUUCUUACAGCUCCAGCAACCGGUGCCUUGUGCCAUGGGCAGGAGGGCAGUGCCCGGCGCUGUGCACGUGUGAGACACCACCUGGCUCCGGAAAGCUUCACAUCCCAAUCAUGCAGUCGCCUGACUACAGGGGAGGAUCACGUCUCUUCCUCCAGCCUCAGCCACAGAAUGUCAGCAAUAUGCGAUCACCAGGCUACGUACCUGGCAGAAUUGUCCCAUUACGUCCUCCACCUCCUCCAAAGAGUCAAGCAACAGCCAAAUUUAAUUCCUCUGGGCAGGAAGCGCAUACAACAUUUGGGUUUUCAGGAGAUGGACAAAGCAAUCACGCACAAGUUAGUCGCAAGAGAAGACACAAAAACACACUAAUAUGCUUUGCAAUUUCCAGUCUGACUCUUUUCAUCACGCUUGCCAUUGUUUUAGGAAUAUCUUCUAAAUAUGCCCCUGAUGAAAAUUGUCCAGAUCAGAACUACUUUCUCAGUAACUGGAAUCCUGGCCAUGACCCAAAUAGGAGAGUUGUCAUCAGGAAAGGGGACCUUUUGCGUUUGCAGUCUGAUGCCACAGUGCACUCUAUAACCAUAGAGGAUGGAGGUAAACUAGUCUUUGGUGACGAUGCAAGCGGUUCAAAAAAUAUAACUCUUAGGACUCGUUUUAUCCUAAUAAAGGAUGGUGGAGCGCUUCAUAUUGGAGCAGAGAAAUGCAGCUACAAAUCCAAAGCCAAUAUUAUCCUAUAUGGUAGAUCAGAUGAAGAAGGCAGUGUGUCAAUAUUUGGGAAGAAGUUCAUUGGUGUGUCACCUGGUGGAACACUGGAAUUACACGGAUCUGAAAAGCUGUCUUGGACCUUACUAACAAAAUCUCUUGCGUCAUCUGGACUUCCAGCAGGAGCAUACAGCUUUGAACGUCUUUACUCUAGAGGUCUGAACGUGAGAGUUGUAGACCCAGAAACUGCUCAAGUAUUGGCGUCUGAAAAAUAUGACACCUUCAUUUCUGAAGUUGACAGCAAGAAGCUGCAGGAUUUCCUCAAUUCUCAACCACCGGGGCGUAUUAUUGCCAUAGCAGUAGGUGACUCUGCGGAAAAAAAGUUGCUUCAGGAAACUCGCUUAACUAUUCAGCGUCUUCUUGGUAGUAAUCUUGUAAAAGGCUUGUCAUAUAGACAAGCUUGGGCUCUCGUCAGCGUCAUCGGUGGUAGCAACACCUCGUGUAGUGAAAGUGCCAGAGACUACGAAAAUCAUAGCACGCAAGGAAAAGCAGAAGCCAUGAAAGUUUUUACGACUUUGGAUGGGCAGAAAUUUUCUGUGAAGGCAUACAGUGAAUGGGAUCUAGGUAAAGCCUUUUCUGGAUUCACCAUUGACGCUGUUGAUGGUGUGGUGCUCAACCUCAUGGAUGAUGUGCGCAGUUGGCAGCCAGGGGAUCAAAUAGUUGUUGCAAGCACCGACUACUCUAUGCACCAAGCUGAAGAAUUUACCCUCCUUCCCUGUCCAGAGUGUAAUCAAUUUCAAGUUAAAAUGAAAGAAACACCCAUGUAUUUCCAUAUGGGAGAAAUCACAGAAGGUUUGGACAUGAGGGCUGAAGUGGGAGUCCUUACAAGGAACAUUGUCAUCCAAGGAGAAAUGGAGAAGACUUGUUAUGGGAAUAAUCAAUGCCAGUUCUUCAAUUUUGAUACCUUUGGAGGGCAUAUUAAGAUAUUACAGAACUUCACCUCUGUUCAUUUCUCCAAUGUUGAGCUGAAACACAUGGGUCAGCAAGUAAUGGGCAGCUACCCUGUGCACUUUCACGUGUGUGGGGAUGUUGAUGAAAUGGGAGGCUACAACCCUGGCACCUAUGUGGACGGCCUGUCGAUUCAUCAUAGCUUUUCCAGAUGUGUGACCGUCCAUGCGACCAAUGGCUUGUUGAUAAAGAACACAAUUGGCUAUGACACGCUGGGGCAUUGUUUCUUUCUGGAAGAUGGCAUAGAACAACGGAAUAUUUUGUUUCACAACCUUGGACUCGUUACCAAGCCAGGCACUUUAUUACCUACAGACCGAAAUAUUACCGUGUGCCCAGCCAUGAGGGAAAAAGUGUAUGGAAACUACGUUCCUAAUCCAGCCACUGACUGCAUGGCGGUAUCAACAUUUUGGAUUGCAAAUCCUAACAAUCACCUGAUAAGUAAUGCAGCGGCUGGUUCUCAGGAUGCGGGGAUCUGGUAUGUGUUCCACAAGUCUUCAACUGGAGAAUCCCACGGGCUCUAUCCAGAUACCAGAUCGGAGCUCACACCUCUUGGUAUAUUUUACAAUAACAGAGUCCAUUCUAACUUCAAGGCAGGCUUGUUCAUUGAUAAAGGUGUGAAAACCACAAAUGCAAGUGUCGAAGACCCGAGGGAAUAUCUGUGUUUGGAUAAUAAUGCCAGAUUUCGACCCCAUGUUGAUGCCGAUCCUCAAAAACCAAGAGUUGCUGCACUAAUUGACAGUCUUGUUUCUUUUAAAAAUAAUGACCACGGUGCUUGGGUGAGAGGAGGGGACAUUAUAAUCAGUAACUCAGGAUUUUCUGACAACGGAAUUGGCCUCACAUUCGCUAGUGAUGGAAGUUUUCCAAAAGAUGAAGGCUCCAGCCAGGAAGUUUCCCAAUCGCUGUUUAUUGGCGAAAGUAGAAAUUAUGGAUCUCAAGGAGGCCAAAACAAAUACUGGGGGACUGGGGGAGUGUAUUAUAGGAAUCGCACACUUCCUCGAAACAGAACUUUCCCCAUCAGAGGCUUCCAGAUUUAUGAUGGGCCGAUUCGUCUUACGAAGAGUACUUUUAAAAACUUUGUGCCGACGUCUGACCGCUAUACAAGCGCUAUUGGCUUCCUAAUGAAAAAUCAAUGGCAACUCACUCCUAGGAACAAUGUUUCAUUCCUUAAAUUUGGAGCAAAUGUUUCAUUGAGGGCAUACUUUGGUCAGUCUGGGCCAUGGUUUGAAACCGGUGAUAUGGACGGAGACAAAAACUCUAUCUUCCAUGAUGUGGAUGGAUCUGUAUCAAAUUAUAAUGAUACUUAUGUGGCAAGAAUGGACAACUUUUUGGUCAGACAUCCCAAGUGUGUCAAUAUUACAGAAUGGAAUGGGGUCAUCUGUAGCGGAAAAUAUGCACAGAUCUAUGUUCAAGCACGAAAUCCCCAGAAUCUCACCAUGUCCAUUGUGAGAGAUGAGUAUUCUUCCAAUCCUAUGACUCUUCGGGGAAUCAACCAAAAGGCUCCUUACCAGCAAUAUCAGCCAGUGGUGAUGUUGGAAAAGGGGUACACGGUUCACUGGAACACACAGUCUCCACAAACAACUCAUCUUUACCUCAUUAACUUUGACAAGGGGGACUGGCUUAGAGUUGGUCUGUGUUAUCCUCCGGACACAAUCUUUCAAGUGACGUCACAAAUAGUCAAGACCCAAACGUUUCCUGUUGAAGAAUAUCAGCCAGUAUCCUCCAUAGAAGAACUGCAGAAGAGACGGACAGAGGGGAAAUUCUUUUUUGAUAACAGCACAGGAUUACUUUUCCUCUUUCUCCAAGCAAAACACAGCCGGGACAGCCACGGCUACUGCUCUUCUCAGGGAUGUGAAAGAGUUAUGAUCAAUGCCACAUUUCGAUCCAGAGCAACCGGCAACUGCAUGACCAACGCAUACCCUAAAUAUGCCAAAGCACCUUCCGCAACAAAACCAAUGCCAGUUAAAUCCACUGCAACUUGCACAGACUGUGGAGCAUCCCAGGUUGUCUUUACCAGCGAUCCUCAUAAUACCUACCUCCCCGUGGAAAUUCAAUCCCUUAGUAAAGAAGAAAUCCAACAAGGGGCUGCCGAGUCUUUUAUUUCGGUUAAUGGCACCAAGUAUUCCUUCCAAGAAGUUGGUUUAUUCGUGGUUGUCAUUGACGCUUGCACUGGAGCAGUAAAAGAAGACUUGUUCUUUCCGCAAGAAGAUCUCGAGCGACUGGAAAAAUAUUUAGAAAAUAAAAUCCCUCAAAGAUCAAUAGUUGCCAUUGCAUCGCGUGGAUACAUUGUGGAUUAUGGGAAUAUUGCACAUCAGCUGUACUCUCUCGGAACAGCCAAGCCAGCGUUUCUUCAGAAGAAAGGUAGCAUUGCCUUCAUUGGAUACAAUGGAAAGUUUAAACCACCUUGGACAAGACUGUUCAUGAGUCCUGAAGGGCAGGGCUUGGGACUACUGGAUAGCUACCUCCCUUUACAGCAUGAUGCCUAUGAAUGUCGAAGAGUCCUCUCAAAGAAAAGAAAAGAUAUGGAACUAUUGAAGAGAGCUUUAACUACACAUUAGAUUAAUAUAUGCCUUCAAGGGCAUGUUAAGCAAAAAUGUGAACUAACUUAUUUAAUUUAUGGCAGUUACACUGUUAUCCAGCAUAAGCCACAUUGCUGUGUUUCUUACAGCUGUGGGCCGAAAAUCCAAGCCCCACGCCAGUGCACCUUCUAGUUGUAUAUAAUCCUUAAUGAGUUCUUUUUAAUGACUGUGUUGUAAACCUGGGUUUUGCAGAUCUUAUGAUUUUUGGUGGUUUUGUAUGCGCUGUAAACUGUAUUUUUUAUACUUUUUAUAUUACUGAUUUCAUGGUGUAAAUGUUGUGGAUAUGACUGGAAGCAUUUUUAAGUGUGUCUUUAUUUGCACAGUGGUUUACAUGAAAGAUAUUUAUCAUUAAAAUUCUUUCUAAAAGUC